GCAUAUCCUUCUCCCCUCACGCGGAGCUAGAGCUCGAAUAGAAGAAGGAACGCGGAGCAAGCCGGAUACCGUAGUCGUAGGAGAGAUGGAGCACGAGAUAGCUAGGAGGAGGAUGAGUCGGAUCUUCGACCACGUGGCCGGACCGGGUGAGGUCUCGCCGCCCAAUCCCCACCUCUUUCCCAUGAAUUGCAGUAGCACUCUAAGCACUAUAGUACCACGCUAUGAUAAUAGAUUGCUUUUCGCACGCCAAGGGUCUGUGUCUCAAGCUUAUUUCAUGCAGCAAGUUUCUACCAGACAGAAUCUUAGGCCCGGUAUUUCUUCUCAGCAGAAUUCCUGUCCUCGCAAGGGAGAUUCUUCUUACCAGCCUUUUGGAGAGCCCAUCUUCUCUAGACCAGCUCGGACAGAAUCCACCUUAUUGACAUCAAGAGAUAAUUGUUCUGUGAAACAAGAUUUAACACUAUCUUCCAAUGACUCUCCCAAAUUUGCGAGACCAAAUAGUGGAAAGAUUGAGAAACAGCGGCUUGUAUGCAGCAGGACAAGACAGACUUAUAAUUCUAAUGGAAUGGAGUGGUCACCCCGAAUGGAUGUUGAAGAGUCGAGGACAAAUUAUGUUGUGACGGUGGAGAUUCCAGGUGUCAGCAUCAUUGACAUGCGAGUGGAGGUGGAUGACAAAAGCCUGACUAUAAUAGGUAAACGGUCAGCUCAGCAGCGGAGGAUGCCCAAUUGUGCUGGAAACUCAAACCCUGUUUAUCACCAGAGGGAGAUCUUACAGGGGCCAUUCCGAGUUGUUUGGCCUCUUCCAAAUGAUGUGAAGAAGGACAGUGUCUCAGCUGAAUUUGUGGAUGGCUUUCUGCAAAUCACUCUCCCUAAAGAACCGGUAGGCAGAUGUGUGCUUGCAAGAUCGAUAUAAGGACAGUAUGCUGUGUUCUUAUGUGCUUUCAAAAGCCUUUGGUAUGAGGGUUCAAAACCCAAGAAAAGGAAGUAUGUGGCAUGGAAGUAAAAGCUUCAGGUGCAGUCACAUGGCUAUGGUGGUUGCUGUUUUAACAAAAGCAUCAGUGUUGAAAAAUCCAAUCCUUAUGCCAUGGAUUGCAUGACUUGCUCAAUGGUAAUUAUGGCUCUGUAACUAGGAGGAUAUAAAAGGUUAUAAAUAAUAAAUCCCUGCGUCCAAUUGAGACAUGCUUCUGUUACUCUAAAACCAGCCCAUUACUAGUCCAUAAUCAGAUAAUUUGUGAAUGAGAGGAUGGCGUAGCAAUUUAGAUACCAUUGUUCUUCGUAAUUUCAGGCAUAUGUAAUUCUAUGUAUUGCAACAAAUUAUAUGAAAAUAGGAUGAUAAGACUUCUUGAACCAA